AUGCUCUCCUCAAUUGCCCGCACUACUUUCAAGCCUACUACUCGCAUUGCUUCCCGUGCAUUUGUCUCUACAUGGAACGCUGUUCCUCAAGGCCCCCCUGAUGCUAUCUUGGGCGUUACUGAAGCCUAUAAGAAGGAUACUUCACCCAACAAGAUGAAUUUGGGUGUUGGUGCUUACCGUGAUGACGGAGGUAAGCCUUUCGUCCUCAAUGCAGUCAAGAAGGCUGAACAAUACAUGAUCGGACAAAAUAUGGAUAAAGAAUAUGCUGGCAUUACUGGCGUUCCCUCUUUCACUAAAGCGGCUGGUGCUCUUGCCUAUGGUGAUGAUAGCUCUGUGAUCUCUGAAAAUAGACUUGCUAUUGCUCAAUCCAUUUCCGGUACUGGUGCUCUUCGUGUUGGUGCUGAAUUUCUCAAUGCUUGGUAUCCUCAUGCCAAGAACAUCGUUGUUCCUAAUCCUACUUGGGGUAACCAUAUUCCUAUCAUGAAGAAUGCUGGUCUUUCGUUGGAAAAAUACACUUAUUUCGAUAAGAGCACCAACGGUCUUAAUAUUGACGGCAUGUUAGAAGACCUUCACAAAGCUCCCAAAAAUACAGUUGUUCUGCUCCAUGCUUGUGCUCAUAACCCUACCGGCGUUGACCCCACCAAGGAGCAAUGGGAUCAAAUUUCUCAAGUUAUUAAGGAAAGAGGACACUUCCCCUUCUUCGAUAUGGCUUACCAAGGUUUUGCCUCCGGCGAUUGCACCCGUGAUGCCUAUGCUCUCCGCAAAUUCGUUGCUGAAGGCCAUCAGGUUAUCUUGGCUCAAUCCUUUGCCAAGAAUAUGGGCCUCUACGGUGAACGUGUAGGCUCUUUCUCUGUUGUAUGUGCUGAUGCUGAAGAAAAGUCUCGCAUUGAUUCUCAACUCAAGAUUAUCAUUCGUCCCAUGUACUCCAACCCUCCUAUUCAUGGUGCUCAUAUCGUUAGCACUGUCUUGAACACUCCUGAAUUAAAGCAAGAAUGGCUUGGAGAAGUCAAACAUAUGGCUGACCGUAUCAUUUCUAUGAGAACCAAACUAAGAAACCAUCUUGAAAAUGAUUUUGGAUCCAAGAAGAGCUGGAACCAUAUCACUGAUCAAAUUGGUAUGUUCUGUUAUUCUGGUAUGACACCUCAACAAGUUGAGAAGAUCAAGUCAGACUGGCACGUUUAUUUGACUCAAGACGGCAGAAUCUCCAUGGCCGGUAUCUCUUCCUCUAAUGUCAAAUAUCUUGCUGAGGCCAUUCACAAUGUCACCAAGGACUAA